UAGCUGAUAAGAUAAGAUGCAUUCAAAUAACAAUUCUACCCAAAUAUUUGUUCAAUUCAGUUCCUUUUCUCCCACCGUAUCUCGCUUCGCCAGGCGGAAGCAAAUCCUUCCUCUUGACCCAUCAUGUCCUCUUCCUCUUCAACGAUAUACCCAGCCUCAAAAUUGGGAGAAUACGUUGUCACGGAGGACAUCGCGGAGGGGACGUUUGGCAUCGUCAAAAAGGCUACACAUACGAUCACCGGACACGAAGUGGCGAUGAAGUACAUAUCAAAGGCAGCCGUCCAACGGGAACGAACGAAACCUCGCGUCCGGCGAGAGUUCGAGUACAUGAGGGCGCUUAGACAUCCACAUAUCAUCAAGCUAUACGAAGUUAUUUCUACUCCCACAGACAUCAUUUUUGUUUUAGAAUACGCCAAGGGCGAGCUUUUCAAUUACAUCGUGAAGUACGGCCGGAUGCAGGAGCCUCGGGCACGCCUCUUCUUCCAGCAAAUCAUUUCCGGCAUCGAAUAUUCCCACAGGCUAAAGAUCGUCCACAGGGACCUCAAGCCCGAAAACGUGCUGUUAGACGACAAUCUCAAUGUAAAAAUCGCUGACUUUGGCUUGUCGAGCGAGAUCAGGGACGGCGACUUUCUCAGUACCAGUUGUGGAAGUCCGAACUAUGCAGCACCCGAGGUCAUCCGUGGAGGUGUGUAUGCCGGUCCUGAGAUCGAUGUAUGGAGUUGUGGUGUGAUUCUUUAUGUUAUGUUGUGUGGGAGAUUACCCUUUGAAGAUGAAGACGUUGGCGUUCUCUUCAAUAAAAUCAUCCAAGGUCAAUACUACAUGCCACCGUACCUUUCCGACAACGCUAGACGCCUCAUCAAUUCUAUGCUCGCCGUCGAUCCCGUGAAACGGAUAACCGUGCACGAAAUCACUCAGCACCCAUUCUUCACAACGGACCUUCCUCGGUACUUGGCUCCAUUACCACCUCCACCAGGGCCUGUACUUGGUACGUUGACCUCACUGGUCUCAUCGCCGGCGAAACCAAUGGAUUUUGAAAUUGUCGAAGGGUUGGGUAGGAUUGAUGAAGGCAUUGUGGCCGACCUGGCUGCUCGAAUGGAAGGCGUGACCAAGAAUGCUAUAUGGGAAUGUUUACGAAGGGAUGACGGCGUCCAAGGCAAUGCUGUCAAGGUUGCAUACAUGUUGCUGAAGGAUAAGCAACAGCUUGGCAAAGAUCUCGCUCUUUUUGCAGAACAAGAUCGCGAAGCACAAGAGGCCGUUUUGGACCCUCGAAACGUCUUGACACCAAACUCACUAUCAGCGAAUGGAAACGAUUUGGAAGACAAUCCAUUCGAUGAAGCCUUCAGCGCUACUCCUGUAUCUGACGAUGAAGACGACUCUUAUUCUGAUGACUCUGAUCUUGGAUUCUCUCCAACCGAUUCUGACGUAGAGGCUUCCGCCAACUUUGCAGUUCUAGACUCUUCAUUGCCUCCCAGUGAACAUCACCUCGCUACUUAUGCUUCUGCAAAGCGUUCUGCAGGGAGAGAGAAAAGGCAUCACAGGACCAAAUGGCACUUUGGUAUACGAAGCCGGAGUCCUCCGAUGGAAAUCAUGCUGGAGAUUUACAAGGUCUUGAAGGAGCUGGGAAUGGAGUGGAAGGAGAAACAGAGUUUGGGUGGACUAGCUGGGGUCAGAACGAUGCCUGGAAAGGGCGGUGUGGGUAUUGAGAGGGUGAAAGAUCUGGACAGUGGAGGUACAGUGGACCAAAAGGCGGCUGCUGGAAUCUACUUCAUUGAGACUAGAGCAAGGGCGCACAAUGUCGUGGUCCUAAUGAAUCUACAGCUGUAUAUGGUCGACUCCAUCAAUUUCCUGGUCGAUUUUCACCACAAAAAGACGUACAGAGCAUCGACCGAGCCUGGUGCAGGGAAGUUUGACAUGGAACCUGUUACAGCCCCAGGGUCUGGAAGCAGGCUGGUGAAGGAAGAUGACGUCGUUGUCUCUCCUUACGUUUUCAUGGACGUUGCAUGCAGGAUAAUAUUGGUGCUCGCAGGCGGCGGCUCCGACUAG